UGCAAAUCUGGCCAAUCUUCAUGCAUGCGUAUUGUUGCAGAAAACUUUAGAAGCAAACGUGACACGAUUGUUGGGGGACGUGCAGAUGCAAGCAGGCGAUCUGUCGGAAAGUGACGUUCAGUACUUCCAAGAUCUGGAUUUGCUAGUGCUGGGCACGUCAUCGGAAGAUUACAAGCAGUACACAGAGCAGCUUCGCAAUGAAUGCCCUGUUGAGGAUGUUAAUUCCUACGAUAAAAUGCGUCUGAAGCUGUUGCAAACGCUGAGCCGCAUACCGAGCAUCUACAUGACGAAGGACUUUAGCGAUCGUUUCGAAAGUAUCGCACGCGCAAACAUCGAGCUGGAAAUUAAGGAUUUGCAGUUCAAGUGAAAUAUUCUGCUCUUACUAACCUUAUCCUACGUAAGU